CAGCAGUGCUCUCCAUCAUCCUGGAGGCUGGAGUGGAUCGAAACUAUUCAACAAAAAUUAAUCUAAUUCUUCGCCGUUCUUCCACGCUUUCACAAACAGAUCGCACAAUCUCUCUCUAAUGCGAAUUUAAUCUAAUAUCAUUUCCUUCGUAUUUGGGUCCUCUCCUCUUCCACCUCCUUCAAGACCCAUAUCCAUCUCCGUUGCUCAUCUUCUUGAUAUCCUCUCUUUAGGUCAAAUCCCUUGAUUAAAGGUUCUUGAAACUAGAAGAUGGGAGCGUUUAUAUCCAAGUUUUGGUUCAUGUUGUUUCCUGCAAAAGAGUACAAGAUUGUGGUGGUUGGGUUAGAUAAUGCAGGCAAGACCACGACGCUUUACAAAUUGCACUUAGGAGAGGUCGUGACUACUCACCCUACUGUUGGCAGCAACGUUGAAGAGCUCGUUUACAAGAAUAUUCGGUUUGAGGUCUGGGAUUUAGGCGGGCAAGAAAGACUCAGGACAUCAUGGGCUACAUAUUAUCGUGGAACUCAUGCUGUCAUUGCAGUGAUUGACAGUACCGAUAGAGCCAGGAUCUCAAUUAUGAAGGAUGAACUUUUCAGAUUGCUUGCACACGAGGAUCUACAAAAUUCUGUUAUACUGGUGUUUGCUAAUAAACAAGACCUUAAGGAUGCCAUGACCCCAGCUGAGCUGACUGAUGCUCUGUCUCUCCACAGCAUCAAGAAUCAUGAUUGGCACAUCCAAGCUUGCUGUGCCCUUACAGGUGAAGGUCUAUAUGAUGGUCUAGGGUGGAUCGCCCAGCGAGUUACUGGAAAAGCAUCAAGUUGAGGGGAAAAAGUGUAAUAGAAAAGAAAGUUCAUUUUUCAAAUAUCGAUGGAUUUGAAGGACGAGUGAAACAGAAUUAUCAUUGUGUACUAUCUAACUGUACGCAUCAUCAAUAUUGUAGAUUGUUUCUUACAUUUGAAUUGGCCUGAAGGAUUUGUCAUGUUUUUCACAAUGAAGCAUUUGAUUGUAGAUUUUCCAAUGAAGAAAAUGUUGCUAUAA